GUCGUGCUACGUUUCCUCGGCGACCGCUCGUGGUUUGCACGGCCUUUGCAGGUAUGGGGACCCCUCCAGGCCUGCAGGCCGACUGUGAGACGCUGCUCAGCCGCUUCCAAGAGACUGACAGUGUACGCUUCGAGGACUUCACGGAGGUCUGGAGGAGCAUGAAGUUCGGGACUAUCUUCUGUGGUAAAAUGAGAAAUUUAGAGAAGAACACGUUUACAAAAGAAGCUUUAGCUCUGGCUUGGCGAUAUUUUCUACCUCCAUAUACCUUCCAGAUCAGAGUUGGUGCUUUGUAUUUGCUGUAUGGAUUAUAUAACACCCAACUGUGUCAACCGAAACAAAAGAUUAGAGUUGCCCUGAAGGAUUGGGAUGAAGUUUUAAAAUUUCAGCAGGAUUUGAUCAAUGCCCAGCAUUAUGACGCAGCCUACAUUUUCAGGAAGCUACGACUAGACAAAGCGUUUCACUUCACAGCGAUGCCCAAGUUGCUGUCAUGUAGAAUGAAGAAAAAAAUUCAGCGAGCUGAAGUUACAGAAGAAUUUAAGGACCCAAAUGAUCGUGUAACGAAACUUAUCACUUCUGAUGUAUUAGAGGAAAUGCUGAAUGUUCAUGACCAUUAUCAGAACAUGAAACAUGUAAUUUCAGCGGAUAAGUCCAAUCCAGACAAAGCCCUCAGCUUGAUAAAGGAUGAUUUUUUUAAUAAUAUUAAGAACAUAGUUUUGGAGCAUCAGCAGUGGCACAAAGACAGGAAGAAUUCAUCCUUAAAAUCAAAAGUUAAGGAUGGAGAAGAAAAGAAGGAAGGAAAUUCACAAGAAUCAGAGAGUUGUGAAAGGGCAGAAACAUUAGCAAAAAUUAAAUCAAAGGCCUUUUCAGUUGUUGUUCAGGCUUCCAAGUCAAGAAGGCAUCGUCAAGUCAAACUUGACUCUUCUGACUCUGAUUCUGCAUCUGGUCAAGGACAGAUCAAAGCAACCAGGAAGAAAAGAAAUAAAGAAACGUUGAAAUCAGUAGGAAGGAAGUUGUCUUCCAGAAAAAGAGGAGAUGUACAGAACCUGCAGAAGGAAGACAAAUGUUUGAGUCUGAGUAUGCCUGUAAUUACGGAAGAGGAUGAGGAGAACGGAAGUCAGAGUGAAGCAGAGGUCACUGCACCCAAGAAGAAAAGAAAACUCAGAAAAAAGAGUCUGGUGUAGAGUUUGUAAUUUCGAACCUUCUGACAGAAGAAAAGAUUUAUAUUUUGUAUAUUGAACAGAAGACUUCCAUUAUUAAAAAUACUUGUUCUGAGAAACAAUAGGUUAUUUCUUUGAAAUGGCAAUACUUUAACGGUUGUAAAAUAAAAAUACAAAAACUUAGAGUAAGAAUUUAUUCAAAUUUUAACACUUUUUGUGAAAUCUGCAUAAACGGAGAGAAAAAUUUGAUUUAGAAUGUAAUAGAAGUAAUCCUGUUAUUUAAAAAAUUUUAACAUUUUUAAUAACUUUAGUGAUAUUUGUUAAGUACAGUUUUGGUAAUAUAUUAAAAAACUUUUUUUUGAAAUACUAAUGUUUACUGCAUAUAAAUGGCUAAUUGUUUUGUAUAUAUAAUUUGUUAAUGGAUUUAUGAUUUUUAUUAACUAUAUAUUAUAUGGUUAAGUGCACUAAAGUUUUUGCCUUAUUUGCUUUAUUUUUUAAUAUAUGAAAUUUAUGUUGUUGGUAACUUAUGUGAUUGAUAGCUUAAGAAGCUUAGUUUCCACUUUUGUAGUCAAUUAUGUAUAUUUUGGUGCUUGUUUUAAAGCUCUGUCAGCCUGACAUUUACGUGUGUAUGUAUGUAUUCCGUUUAUAUAUGUAGAUACAUGUAGGUAUCUGUCCAAAUAUAUACAUAUAACAUGAUUAGUAAAUAUAUUAAGUACAACCUUUAACUACUGAUUAUUUCUGAUAAAAUCUUAAAUGGAGAUUGCCUGAGCUGUGUUGUUUAAAUUGCUGGCAGGAGCGGACCAUCUCCCUACCGUGUGGGCUCACCUGUCUGACACUCCAUUCUGCUCCAUGCCAUUUUCCAGCAUUGUGUGUUCAGGAAUUCUGCAAAUGCCCUCUGAGUGACAGUGUGUGAUACCUAUAAUCUUUUCAAAUGAAACGACUAACUUGCCCAAGUAAAACUUUAAUUCAUUAGAAUCAUAUGUCAUCACACUAGCUACUCAACAAAAUUGUUUCCCAUGCAUGGCAUGUGGACAUUGGGCAGAGCUUCUGGGAUUUAAAUAUUUUAGGGUUGGGACACUUGGAAGUAUGGAUCCAUUAUUGGCCACUUGUAGACCAGGUUAUUUGUUAGAACUUGUCCGAUCAUUAAAGUUUAUAUCAUUGUACAGCUAACACAGUGAGUAGCCCUCUAUUUUUUCAUAACAAUACUUGUAAAACAGUGGGUAUCAUUUCACAUGUACAGUGAAGAAACUAUACCUUAGGAUGCCUUGCCACACUUUACAGAGUUAGUAAGUGGUGUAUCUGUGGGUACAACAGCAGACUCUGGCCUGUCAUUUCAUUGCCAUUUCGUAUAAGCCGACAGAAACAGAAAUCCAGAGGAGUGCCUUUGACUGUGAGCAUUAAACUAUUUCCAUAUGGCUUGAACAAUAAAGUGUAUUUUAAAACCAGAUGAGUCUAGUUAUAUGCUGUAGUACCUCAGUUCCGUGAUGGCUUCAUAGACGCAGGUUUGGGUCCUUGGGGAGGGUUUUAUGUCAGUGCAGGGGGCUGUUCACCAGCCAGGUCCCAGACACUAGCCAAAAGCCAACCACGCAGGCAGGCCUUCCUAAGGACAGCAGUCUGAAGCCCUGCUGUGUCACCUCUUCUGCACAGGUGGGCUCUUGUCAUUUUUUCACUGUUUCCAACAAUGCUGGGUUGACCUUUGUGUGUACAUCUCGGCUCACUGAGGUUGGUGUUUCUGUUGGAUAGAUUUACAUGUGAGUGUGCUCAUCAAAUUGUGUGUGUGUGUAUACACACACAUACAAUUUUGAUAAUUGUUGCCAAAUUGUUCUCCAAAAAUACUGCCAAUUUACAUUUCUACUGUUUUUGCGAGGGACUGUAUACUGUUUAUCUUCGUAAUUGUCAGUUGAAUAUAUCCUAAAUCUUAACAACAGCAAAUGUAGAAAGAUAGAUAAAAGUAACAAAAUUAUACUGAGGAAAUGUGAGUCGGUAAAGCAUCUGUAGUGUUCUAGCUGAUAGCAAGUUUUUCAUGAAUAUAUUAUGAAAAUAUGGUGUGAAUCACUUGAUAGCCUUGUUUCAAAUGUGAAAUCGGAACUUACUGAACAGAGUUGAAAUAGAAAAUAUUUGUGUUCAACAGUAGGUUUUCAGAAUUAAAAUGUGUUCAAAUACUAACUACCUGUUAAAUUAAGCUGUUUCCAUUUUCAACUUAAUUGUAAUAAAAUGGCUGUAUGAACUCAUAAAUACAUGAUUUUAAUAUUAGUUAUUAAAUUAAUGUUUUGUAAGGGAAGAGGCAGUGUGGCAAUGUUCAUAAACAAGCUGCAUUUUAAAAUCAUACCACUUCCAGAAACCUGAAUACAUGAAAGUAUUGCUCAAAGUAGAGAAUUGGGAUUACAGUAGUUUAUAAUGUUAUAUGCCAGUUUUACUUGGAUCUGAAAAGCAAAGCAGGAAUAAAAGAAGUUGGGACCAUAAAGGAAAUGGAGCUUCUAUGGAUGCUGACGGAGGAAUCGUUUUCAUUUUGAAAAUAAGGUAUCGGAAUUGAUUUCUUCAGAAGGAAGCUACUCUGAAAACGUGCAGUUGUGUUGAGAAAUCCUUGUGUGUUGUUUUUGUUUUCUGGUACUGUUACAGGUUUUCUUUGUUUUCUGGUGCUGUUACAGGUUUAUGUUGUGUGAGCACACCUGAGCUCCCAUUGGGGUUUAUAACCUUUCUCUUGAUGCGUCAGAGGCUUCCUAACUGUGUGUGGGUACAUUCAGUGGGAGGAGACACUCCCAAUCUCUUUAACAACCGAUUAAAGCGCUCCUUCCCUGAAACAAA